CACUGAGCUCAACCAUCCUUCAUUCACAUCAUUCCUGCUCCCAAACUCAAACCCCAACAAGACUCCUCCUAGUCUCAACCCAGUCUCCUCUCAAAGACCCGUUCAACACAGCGCCUAGAACCUACCGUUGAAACUUAUCGAUACAGCUUCGGGUCCCGGCGAUUGUUGUGAAUACCUUCCGCUAUGAAUCCACCGUGUGGAAGAUGCAGCAAAGCCGUGUACCCCACGGAGAAGGUGAACUGCCUCGACAAGUUCUGGCACAGGAGCUGCUUCAGCUGUGAGGUCUGUAAGAUGGCGCUCAGUAUGACCACCUACAAGGGCUUUGGCAAGAAACCCUACUGCUCCAUGCAUUACCCCAAAUCCUCCUUCACCAUGGUAACCGACACCCCAGAGAACCUCCGCCUCAAACAGCAGACCAUGCUCAACAGCCAGGCCCUGUACAAAGAAGACUUUGAGCGGAGCAGGGGGAGGGGCUUCAGCGUUGUCACGGAUACGCCUGAGAUGCAGAGGGUGAAGAAAACCCAGGACCUGAUCAGCAACAUCAAGUACCAUGAGGAGUUUGAGAAGAGUAAGGUUAGAAGUGACGCACCGCCACCCGAAAACAGGCAAGAAUGCGAGGAGCAGCAACAGCAGAUGUUCCGCCCCACUCCCGGGCCCGCAGCUCCUGCUGCCACAGCGCCCUCUGGUGGACCGAGGCCGCGGUUCCAGGCGCUGUACAGCUAUGCUCCAGCCGAUGCUGACGAGGUGAGCCUUCAGGCGGGGGAUAUCAUCGUGGAGCCCCAGUCCAUUGACCAGGGCUGGAUGUUCGGGCUGAACCAGCGCACCGGCCAGCGUGGCAUGUUGCCCGCUAACUACGUCAAGCUCAUCUGAAGCGCCUAAUGCCGCAGGCCGUUAGCCCAAAGCAACUACCUUUCAAUUCAUAGCCUUAGCCGUUAGCCUAAAGCAAUUAUCUUUAAAUUCAUGGCCUUAGCCGUUGGCCGACAGCAACUACCUUUACUGUAAUCCCAUUCGCCGUAUACCUUACAGCAACUACCUUUACCUUCAUGCCAUUAACUGUUGGCCUACAGCAACUGCGAUUGCUGUAAUUCGGUUGGCUUUUGAAGAACUGAGAAGAGCAAGGAUUUUGGUGUAAUUUGUUGUCUAAUUUUUUCACCGGAGUAAAAAUGCUCUUUGAGAA